AUGGCGUCCUUCCCCGGUUUGUGUAAGGCUGUCGGGCCCGCGGAGGAGGAGAACGGAGAGCUGGACGGAUCCCUGCAGCAGAUGCUGAAGGCCAUCGCCGACGAGAGGAACCGACUGAACAUCCGACAGGAGAUCAGCGGGCUGGGUGAGCUUAUCAACCCGUUAUAAAUCUGUGUGGCCCUCAGAGGGACUAGGGCUCUUUAGUCAUUUAAAUCAGCUUUAUUUACACACAUUAGACCCUCAUAUUCAAUAUUUUCAUACUUUAUCUCAGCAGUUUGGUGGUAAAAGUACAAAGAAGAUACAGUAACACUAAUAUAUUUUUAUAUUCAUUAAAUUUAAAGGUUUAAAAACAUUUUGAGCCCACAUUUAAUCUAAAACACUUUCAAUAAAACAAAUGUAAUGUUGAUGCUUAUAAAAUAUCUGCUGAUUUUGAUUUUAUAUCAGCUCCACGUUUCAGAGAAGUUGGGGACAGGGGUUAUGUUUACUGUUGUGUCACAUCACAUCUUCUUUCACCAACAAUGAACACAGUUUGUGAACCCGGGUUACCACUUUCUGGAGUCUGGGAAGAUCUACGGGAGAGUGGGAUAAGUUGAGCCACCUCCUGUUGCUUGGAAAUGAUCAAAGAAAUUGAUCAUGUGACCAAAUAUUUAGGAGAUGGGCAACAAUUCAUGGAGUCUGUGAAGGUUAGAAGCACAUGGGUGAAGGGGUUAGACAUUUAUUUCCCAAAAAAACCCCACAAUUUUUCACUCUUAAAAAAGUGAAUUUAUAUUUGAUAUUUCUUUCUUGUAUUUACCUUUCUAUUUUAUUCUGAUACAUACAUUUUAUUUGACUGUUCUGUAGAAUUCUUGUCUUGUAAAUAUAGUACCUUCUUUCUUACAACUAUUUGUACUUUUACUACCUUAUUUUUACUUGUCUAUUGCACUGGAAAAGGAGAAGUUCUCCAAUCUUGUUGUAGUUUUAGUAUGAUGACAAUAAAGGAUUUUCUGAUUCUGAUUCUGAUUCUGGACAAAGUGCUGUACAUAAACAGACAAAACAACACAGACAUAAGAAAACAACCAAAAAACUAUUAAAUCAAUGGAUUUUAAAAGCAGAUAUUAAAAAGUGAAAUAUAGUUUCAAUGUUUUUAAAAACUAAUUCAAAAACAAUAGAAACAAAUAACUAAAAACAAACCAUAAAACACUAAAACAGGAGCCGAGUCUCAUGCAGGGUUAAAAGAUAUAAUAGAUAAAAGAAAUACACAUGAAUGUGAAGAAGUGACUGUUAUUUAGGAAGAGAGAAGUUGAGGGAGGGCUGGGCUAGGCAUACGACUCAACUUACACGGGGUAAGUUGACCAUAGGAGACCACUUUUUUUUGGCAUGUUAUAUUAUGAAAACAGUUAUGUUUACACUCAUUCUGUUGGUUUGCAGGGAUGAACAACAUCUUGAAAUAUAUGCAGAUACACAAGUUAGAGACAAAACUAUGAUUGCCUCGAUGGAGUGAUCUGAAAUAUGUACAAUGGCUUAUUUUACCCCACUCUUCCCUAUAUUCUCCCAUUCUUGCUUGACAGAGGAUUUCAGUUGCUCGACAGUUCAGGGUCUCCUUUGUCCUAUCUUGUGUUGUGAUGUGCCAGAUGUGUGACAAGUCAGGACUGCAGGCAGCAGGUCGGUUUCCCAGCAGGACUCUUCUACUACAGAGCCAAUUACAUCGUUGUAAUUCCUGGAGAUAUGGUUUGGAUGAAGUAUGAAGAUCUUCCCUAAAAAAGUCUUUGUCUGGGUGGCAGCAGAUGUUGCUCCUAAACCUGUAGAUAUUGUUCAGCAUUAAUGGAGCCCUCACAAAUGUGGAAGAUACCCAUGACAUAGACACUUAUGACCCCCCAUACCAUCAGGGGCGCUGGCUUUGAGCUGUGAGCUGAUGACAAGCUGGAUGGUCCUCCUUCAGCAGUUUUCCACUCCCUCUCAGUUCAUCCAAAAUGGUCACUGAUGUUCUUUGAUUACGGUUUUAUUUUGUUAAAUAAUAAAUUCCGACUAUAAAGAAGUCGAGAUGAGUUGUGUUCAUGUUGGUAGUAGCUGAUAUAUUUAUUUAUAACAGUGUGUCUACAGUCCUGAGCAGAGGUUGCAGGUGAUGGAGGGUUUCAGGUGAGCAGAUCGGUGUCCUGCAGCUUCACUGUGAUGGCAGUUGUCACUGUGACGGCUUUUACCUGCGGAGGUGUGCAGAUGGGAUCAGAUCCCGGGUCAGAUCUCAGCAGAGUGCAGCGCUGCCUGUUUUUGUGGCUCAUUUUAUCCUGAUGGAGAAAUCAAUGGAUCUUUGUUCACAAGCCCAUGACUUCAUCACAGACGCUGUUUAUCAGCCUGCAGACUCUUCAGCUGCAGAGAGAGCGAGGAGGAGAGUGUUUCACUGCAGCUGAAAGGGUUAAUUUAAGUGAGGAACCUAAAACUCAGAGAUGUUCUGAAUGUACUGGAAACAAAUUCAUAGGUUUUUAAUUCAUAGAAAAAUAUAAAAUUCAACAAACUCUUACUAAGACGUUAACAGGGCUUGACACUAAAUUUUUUCACAAGGAGCACACAAAGAACUUAUGGGGCACAAUGAAAAUUGAUCAAAUAAUGUUUGUCUUAUUGGUCGACAUUAGUACUAUUAUUUAAAAUCAAUUUUAGGUCAAUUGGUCAUGUGACAUGGAAGCCUUUAAAUUCAACACAAAAAAUGUAUGAGGACAAAUUAGGGAACUAAAGAGGUGUGUCUUAUUGGUUCACAUAAGUACUAUUAUUUGAAAUCAAUUUUAGGCCAAUUUGUCACAUGACCAUUUGAGAAAACAGCCUUUUCUGCGAACAUCAACCAGUAAUUUAUUGAUGGUCCCUUAUUCAAUGCCUGACGUUGACAGCGAGAGUGCAGAGUAGAUUUAACCGCACUGCUGUUGUUAUUCCCGGUUAUGGAGAGUGAGAAGACACACCGGUAGAUCAGCAGUGAAUGUCCGUCGGAUAGCCAUAGCAAAAAUACGUUUUGCAAUUCACACACAUCUAUUUUUAGUCGUAAAUGUGAGUGAUAUGGUCGGACUGUCGAGCCCUGUGUUAAGGUAUUAUGCCUCCAAAGACAUAACUUCAACCAUUUAAAGUAGGACCUGACCGAUUUAUUGGUGAGCCGAUUAAAUCUGCCAAUUUUAGCCCAUUUAAGACUAAUCGGUAAUCGGCCAAAACUCGCCAAUUUUCGCCGAUAUUUUCAGAAAUAUUCCGAAAAUGUUCCGCCAUUUGAAAAGUUCCCCAACUUAGCCUGUAGAUGGCGCAGCGACCUCAUGACAAUCUUCAUCCACUAACUACCUCACAGCUCAGCAGAGUUGAAAACACUUUUUCUGGUCUGAGUUUGAUCAGUCUGUCUUCCUGUCAGCGUAAAGAACAGUAGCCUACAGUAUAUCUACAGUAUAUAGUAUAUUGUUGAUAUAGUCUACAUAUGUGUUUUUAUAACUUCAUAAAAAUUAAAAAAAUUGGCCGAUUAAUCGGUAAUCAGAUUUUUUCCCCCCUAAUAAUCGAAAGAAGGAGUAUGAAGGUCUCAUUCUGUCCCUUGGCUUUUCAGACAUACACAAAUACACAUUCCUCCUGCUUUCUCCUGCUCUCCUCUCUUUUGUUUAAUUUCUUCCUCUUUUUCGGCCAUGAUUGUUAAAAAAAAUGUUUUGGGGUCACAGAGUUCAUGCGGUUCACCCCUAAGAUCACGUUUUGGUCUUUUUCAUGUGGCUCUUGCAGCUUUGAUGUAAGGAUGAUAUUUGAAGGUACAAAUUGUUCAGACUUUUCCUCCUGUCUGCAGACUGCUGUGUGUCUGUGUGUGUGUGUUAACGGGGUGUAGCUGGUGUGUUUCAGUCCGGGGUUGGUGGUGUGUGUCCUUGGCUGGUCCUCCUCGGGCUGCUGACUCUGAGUCAGAUCUGACAGCAUCAACAGUGACUCAGGACUUUGUUCUACCGUUGUUCUUCUUUGUGUUAGGUUGGUAGUUUGUUCCUGUCAGUAAUAAUGUUUUUAUCUCUGCCUCCUUUUUGAAGAUGUCACUGCCGAACACCAACACCCUCUCCUCUUCUGGAGGUUUUAAAGUGACGAGUUUACGUCAAAACUCUACCCUUACGGUUUAGAUAAGUUACCACAAAUCCUAAUAAGCUCUUUUAUAAACACACCUGAGUCUUAGUCUGAGUAAUUCUGAGCCUUUUGUUUAUUUUUUAAGUGCUGUGUCACGCCAUAAAGCAUUGUUUAUUUCAUUGCUUUCUGUGGAGGCCAACAAGGGGAUUUCUCUGCAACAGCCAAAGGGAUUUCCAUCAGGAGAAACAUGCUGCAGUUCAGAGCGAUGCUGCAGUUGAAACGCUUAUGAUUAUGGUUACGAUAACGAGUGAGCAUGAGCGACUUAGACCAACAACUGCAGGUCUGAAAAGUGAGAAAAGAUGUUAUAUAAAAGCCUGAAAAGAUGAUAUGUGAGAUUUUUAGGUUUAUUUUCACUUAUUGUGUUCUCUAAGAAUUAAGAGUCUUUACGUUGAAUGGAGGUUUUAAGUUGCUAAAAUACACGUGAUGCAGAAUUGUCUAAUCAUGGGAGAUUAUUUUUAAAAUCAAAACAAUCGUGAUGAUGAUUUCGACCUUAAUUGAGCCACCCAACUUCAUAGUUUAAAAUCUUUCUAACUCAUUUAUGUUAACGUUAUAAACUGCUCAUUCUAAAUACAGUAGUUAUUGUAAAAAAACUAGAACUUUGUGUUAUUAGGGCAACAAAAAAUGAGGUUGUUUAAGUGCCUCAGUGGUCUGACUUAGUCCAUAUCUCACUAAUUAGAAUUAUUUUGCUUUAAUUUAAUUCUCAUUGAAUGACUUUGAGACCUUCUUCCCAUGUUGCAUUUCAAAAAUCCACCCUUUAAUGAGUAGAAACAGUGUUUUUUUGACUUUGUAUCGUUGGUGCUUUAAAGGACUGUUGCAGAAAUGUAGCUGGUACUGAGUUUUUUUAUGGUUUCUCUUUGAAGACAGCGUAUUUCACCCCUUUUCUGUGCUUUCUACCCAGUCUGUAACACUUCAUUUCUAAUUAUUUCACUUGACAACUUAAUUUAUCUUUGUUUUCAUUAGAAACUACACAUUCAAAGUUGAGCAAGUUCUCCGGUGUCUUUAAUAAAUCAGUUUAAGCAGCAGCGAGACGAGACACAGAGAUGAACAUCAAUGAUUCAGGUUUAAUUACCUCCUCACACAGCAGCGUAUCCCUCCACUGUGGGAUCUAUAAAUACUCCGACAGCAGCAGAAAGUGUGCAGAGAGGAAUAGAUCUGCAGGUCCAUCGAUCGAAGCAGGUCGUCCACAAACUGCGUGACGUGAUGAGCGUUACUGUACGGUAAAAAUAGCCGGCUGUGACUCAGCCCGACAGACAGAAAUGAUUACAAACCUGCUGAAUAUUUAAUGCCGUCUGACUCAGUGUCUUUGUGAAAACAGUGGCACCAUCUGCAUCUCUCAUUUCAGCAUUUUUUCCAAGCUUCAUAAUCUAGACCUGUCUCUGUUUACUGUACGAGUACAGUACACACACACACACACACACACACACACACUGAUGUGUUUGUGUAUAAUUUGACUGCAGGACACCUCAGACAGAAGGAGUCCACAGUGGGACGUCUCCCAUCUGUUUACAUUGUACAGUCUGUGCUCUGAGAUAACAUUAACAUAUGCAAACUGCAGAGGUGAUGAAGCACUUUACAAAUGUUUAAAAUCAAACAACACUGAGGCGAUAUCUGAUGUGACCACAAAACUCCUCCCCCCCGGACUUUUGUGGUUCAUUUCAGAGACCAUUAAAGGGAUAUUCCGGCGUAAAAUUAAGUUAGAGUCAAACACACCGUAACAAAGAGUUAGACACCCCCUGGAGAGAUGAAUGUUGCCGACCACUUGCUUCUCUAGUUAUACCAACUUUAGUAACAACCGCACGAUAGCAAUACAGAGAGCCACAUGCUCAACCAAAAGGCCACUCUAUAGCCACAAAUAAUGCUCAGAACAGCACCUAACUUCAUCAAAAGUCCAUAUAGGGUCUCAGCCAUAGUACUAGCCACCAAACAUCUUUUUAACUUUGCCUGAUUUCUUUAGAAAACAGACUAAACACAACUCACCUGCUCUCUUCCAGCAGCAGUUUGUUUGUACGGAGACCUCCAGGCCUGUCCAUUACAGACUGUGCGGGGGGACGCAGAAGGACUAACGCGUCUGCCGUGCAAAAUGAUUAAUAUGGUGAUUAUUACUUAAAGGAAACGAUAGAGUAGUGAUUAUAAAUGUUCUUCCUUGAGCUGCGUCACCCCGCCGCAGACGAAACAAGUGGCUGCUGGAAGAGAGUAGUUGAGUUGUGUUUAGUCUCUUUGCUAAAGAAAUUAGUCAAAGUUAAAAAGAUGUUUGGUGUCUAGUACAAUGGCUGAGACCUUAUAUGUCCUGUUAAUGAAGUUAGGUGCUGUUCUGAGCAUUAUUUGUGGCUAUAGAGUGGCGUUUUGGUUGAGCGCGUGACUCUCUGUAUUGCUAUCUGCUGUCGUUUCUAAAGUUGGUAUAACUAGAGAAGCAAGUGGCCGGCAACAUUCAUCUCUCGAGGGGGUGUCUAACUCUUUGUUACGGUGUGUUUGACCCUAACUUAAUUUUACGCCGGAAUAUCCCUUUAAUGGUCUCUGAAAUGUACCAGAAAAGUCUGGGGGGAGGAGUUUUGUGGUCACAUCAGAUAUCUCCUUAGUGUUGUUUGAUUUUAAACAUUUGUAAAGUGCUUCAUCACCUCUGCAGUUUGCAUAUGUUAAUGUUUUCUCAGCGCACAGACUGCUUUGCUUGAUUUAUGUCAUUAUUCACUAAAGCAGCUUCAGAUCCUCCUCAUGAUGUCAAGCAGCUGAACUCUGAUCUGCUGGAGAAACAGGAAGUCUUUACUGUGACUGAAGGAUUAGUCUGCGCUGUCAUGAGGGAGCCGGCUGGAGGAUCCUGUAGGAGCGUUCUGAUCCGUUUGACGUCUCCGAGCUAAUCCUUCAGCUAACCUGCUGCGUGUCAUCAGUUCCAGCGCUUCAUGUCAAACAGAGGAAAGACGGGCCGAAUCACAUGACCCAUACGUUCGCUGAUUCAUUUGUUCAACCCGACCGCAUGACAGGGUGACACAGGGAUGGUCACAUGGGUGUCAGUCAUUUUACAGCAGGAUCCAAAUGUCUCUAAGUACAGGUUCAGUAGUCCAAAUCCAUGGUCCUGUUGGAGGUUCUGGGAAUCAGGAAUUGAGUUUUAGUCUCCUCAUGGUUCUUCUUAAUCAAGUUCUAGAGAUCAGUGAUUGGGUUGAAGGGGUCUUUUAGGAGUCUGAAGUAGCUUUGAAUCAGAUUCAAGUCAUUGCUUAGACUAGGAGUCCUCUGGUAGUUAAAGGGGAGGUUUAGGUGAUCUCUGAAGGAGUCCAAGUCUUCUUGUAAGAAGAUGUAGUGAUCAUUGGGUUUCUUUUGGAGUCUAUGUGGUCAUGCAAGAAGUUCUAGUGAUCCAUGAUACUGUUCUUGGGUGUUAAUGAGUUUAUAGGAUCUUGUAGAGGGCUUAGAUCUUCUGCUUUCUUUUGAGGUCCUUGACCUGGUUGUGAUGAUUUCUUUGGUUCCAACGUUUCUUUGAGAGUCGAAGGUUUUAGCUAUCAAUGAUUGGGCACUCCAGCCCCUUUAGGGUCCAAGUGGUCCUGUGAAAAGUUCUACUGAUCAGUGAUAAGGUUUAAGGGUACUUAAAGAAGUCCCUGUUGUCAGGUAGGAGCUUGCAGUGAUCUGUUAGAAGGUUCUAAGGUUUUUUUGGAGACUAGAUGGUCUUGUAAGGGGUUCUGAUCAUUUGAAAAGGUUCCUUGGAUCAAUAAGUUUCUAGGUUCUAGAAAUCAUUCAAAAGGUUCUUGGAUUAUCAAGGUUUUAGUGGUUGUUGAGGAACAGGUUUUGCAACACUCCUGUUUAUUUAAACGGUUCUUUUGGUGGUUUUAAGGGUUCUGAUAAUGUUGCUGCAGAUGCUCAAGUCCUGCAGGAGGUUGCACAGGUCUUGUUAGGUGGUUUUUCUAUCAUGAAGAUUGAUUUUAAGAGUCCAGUGAAGGUCAUGGAUUUGCUCUAGGAUUAGUUUUGGAGCUUCAGGUGGUCUUGUGGUUGGUUCUUGUCACUGAGAAGGAUGUAGUAGUAUGGCCUUGGUUGGCGUGUUGUGGCAAACAAACUGAAGACAUUUCUGCUUUGAAUUUCUUUUUCUUCAGUGAAUAUGUUUCUAAUCCUGAGUCUAACUCUUGUCGGAUCUAAACCUCUGACCUUUCUGGCUCAGUAAACAAAGAAGCCUCUGUCCAUCAUCUCUACUCCGGUCCGUCCAUCCAUCCAUCCUUCAAUUCAUCCUUUCAUCCAGGUCACUGGAGCUUUGACGGAGCAUCAGCGAGCCCCCACAGAGUCUUAUAUAACUGUCAUGAAAUAUACAACAAGCCUGAACUCGGUCUAUGAUACUCCUCUCGGCGUCCACAGCAGAUAGAUUUUGGGUGAUUCAGCUCACUUUCUUCAGACGACGGGUGAUAGUGCGCCGGGCUUCUUACCACAGUUGAUGUAUUUUUAAAAUGGAAUAUGUGGCUUAAAAUAGAACAAGACUUUUAUGAAGGCUGCUGCAGAACUGUACUCUGCUCCGGAAGAACGUGACAGAUGAGCAGGUUAGAAGAGAAAUAUUCAACUCUAAACACCUUAACCUGGAAAAUCAGGUCUCCUAGCAAGUUUUUGCUGUGUUGAAUCUUUGUAAUCUGUUGAUAUAAAACUGAUCAUAACACUGAACAGUGAUAACACCAACACCUGGGGUCAAGGGUCAAGGCAUUUACGCUGGCUAAGACGUCCUCCUCUGUCAUGCAGUUGAUAUUUUAAGUCAAACUUCCAACUUUGAGGGACAAGAAUAGAGUCAGAGUGAGCAAACUUUCUCAAUCCAGCCGCUCUCAUGUGCAAAUAUUUGUUUAUGAAAGUCUACAUUGUUGUUAAAUAAUUGUGCAUGAAAUGCAUUUAGGUCAACGCAUUCCUUCUCUUCAACUUUGCACAUGCGCUGCUUUCAUGCAUGCUACUAGUGCAACGAAUUCCCCCUUCUGAGGCAGAAAGCGGAAAACAUCCAUAACAGAAAUGUUAUCCUGCUUGAAGAGAUUCUUCAGGCUUUUGCAGAUAGAGUAGAUUGCAUUUAUAAAAAAAGUGCAACUUGUUAAUUAAGCUUCUUAAAAAUUAUGAGGUUUAAAAAAAAUUGGUAGCAUAACAUUGAAAUACUCGAGGAAUUAUGAGCACCUCAAACUCUUUGAAUAUUUUUAUUUUAUGACAUUUUUUUGUUACCACCUCUUCUAAAACAGUAAGAUAUCUGUUAUUUUGGGGAAUGGUAAUGAUAAAAAUUAUUAAAAAUGAGUAUUUUUUAGCCAAGUACUUUAUAGGGGAAUGCAUCCAUCAAUACUUGCAAAUAAAUUCCCGCUCCUUCUAGAGAAAUAUGACUUAAUGCCGCUCACAGAGGUGAGUAAGAGGACUUUGGUUUAUGUGUUCCUCUGGCUGUGUUUCCAGUUACCGAUCAGAUGUGAUGUUCAGUGACGGCUUCAGUUUUCUGGAAGCUUCUUCUUCUUCUCUGUUUGCCAGCAGGUUGUGUUCACUGACUCACCUCUAUCUAAAAAGAACAUCCUUUGUGCCAAAUCUGCCUGGACUCAGCCCAGAGGUCGUUUUCCCUCUCUCCACGCUGAGUGCCGGGUGUUGGCCGCUGGCCUGAACUCUGAGCUGAUGUGUUGUUCACAUCGCUGAUUAACGUGCUGCUCGAAGGGAGAGCUUUAUUCAGAAAGUUUUCAAGAAAUUAGCCUGACUCAGUGUGGAAAAACACAAUUUUGUGCUGUUGGCACUCGUCUAAUCCUGAGGAUUUAGAUGCUAGUUAAGAUAGUUGUUUGUCUCUAUGUCAGGAGGUUUGUAACUCAAGGGGAAACAUUUUCAUUAAAAAUUAAAUGCAGUGACAUCCUCAGAAAGUCCAAGAAGCUCUAAAUCUAAAAAUAUGCGAAUCAAAAUAAUCUGUUGAGGCUUUAUUGGUGCAAUUUUUGGGGUAAUUUGCACCUUCUUGUGUAGAAACACCAGCAAGUCAAUGUAAAAUUAGCCUUUAUAACAAUCGAUGUGCAUCAUGAAUGGUGCCGUCCCGCCUCCUUGAGGUGAAAUAAGGUAAAAACAGGACGAACUUUGUGAAUUAUUUAUCAGGUUUUAAGGGUGGAUCAAUUCUUGGCCUUGGCUGACUGUCGAGGCUGACAUUUGCCGUUCGGCUGAUUGUCUAUGUCAGCGUUUUAUUUCACAGAUGGUUCGAUAAUACUAAUUUAAAAGUUUGCUACUUUUGGUCUGUUUCUUGUUUCAUUUUGUCUCAGACUAUGUUCCGCCCACAACACUCUCUGAUUGGCCAGAUGGUGUGACCUAGCUGUACUGGAAAAAGAACUUAGCAAGGUUUGUGAUGCUCCAAUUCUGACAAAAAUUCUUCCAUAUUUACUGUCAGUGCAUACCGGCUCUAAAUAUCAAUUAUCAGUCUCGAGAACGGCGAUUAAUCAGUACAGGUAUUGGCCCUGAAAAAUCAAAAUCUGUCUAUCUUUAUUAGGUUUAGCCAGUAAGUUAGUAUUUCUACAGUAUACUGGAAUUAAAAAGCUCCUGACGUGUCUUUCUCGAAGAAUUUUAUCCGUCUCUGAGGAAAAUCUUGUCUCAGAAUCCUCACCGCUGUCUUUUGGUGUUCCACAGGGAUCUUUCCUGAGGCCUUUACUUUUUUCCCUUCGUCUGCUUUCAUUAAAAGAUUACUUACAGUUUCACCAUUUUGUUUCAUCUAUAUAUAGAUGACUUACAACCCCAGUUCACAUGAGGUCUGUGGGUUAUCUGGAUUGCAUUUAUUCCAUCCAGAAUAAUUUACAACUUAAUGCAGAUAAAACUGACAUUUUAGCCAUUGCACAGGAAGGAUAGCGCACACUGUUUUACUGAAUAUAAGGUUCCUUUUCCAUGCCAUCAUGCUUAAAUCUAGGAGUAUAUAUUUCAUCAUGGUGUUAGAGAUUUUCAGACCAUAGCUCUAAAACUCUGGACGGCCCUGCCAACAUCCCUGAACUCUGCAGGAGGCUAAUAAAUCUACUAAAUUUACUUGUAUGUUCAUACUUAAACCACCAAGAUACUUAAGUUUGAACGUCUAAAGAAACUUUCACUGAGAUGACCUUCUCUCCUUCAGCUCAGGUGUUUUUAUAAUCGAAUCAAAGCCCGAGUGGAUCGAUACAAACAAGGUUAUUCCUCUCAGUCCAACAUUAAAUUAACCUAAUCCAAUUUCUGCUGUGAAAUUAAAUCAAAUGCCAAUACACAAUGUUUUUGUUUCCACUACAGAGCCGACGUCCCUCAUUCAUCUUGUCGUACAAAGACUGUAGCCGCAGUGUCCAUAACCUUUUUUUAUAUUCAGCUCGAGUAAAACCCUCAUUUCCAGAGAUCCACAGCUGCUCUUCUUCUUUAAUGCUGAUUGUCUCUUGUCCUCACUUGUCGUCUGUUAGCAGCUCUGAUAAAAUAAACUCUGACAAAGUGAAUUAACAAUGACACACAGCUGCUAAUCCUAGAGAAGCAGAGUCUGAAUUUAACUUGUGUUGAAAUGUCUGAAACCUUUUUCCUGGGAUUUUGAUCACUGCUGUGGCCCUUGAGGUCAACUGCACAAACAUUUCAUCAAAUAAAAACACAAUUUUUUUGUGUGUAUUUUGGUUUUUAUUGUAAUGGUUUUUAAAAGUAAUGAAUUGUUUUUGCAUUUGACCUUCAGGGCCACCGUAGACAGCACUUAAACGCAGCAUAAAGCUCAUCCUUUAUUUUUACAUUUUUCUUUAUUUUUCAGGCUGUUUUAAGGAUGACCGCAUCGUGUUCUGGACCUGGAUGUUCUCCACCUACUUCAUGGAGAAAUGGGCGCCACGUCAGGACGACAUGCUGUUCUACGUCCGCAGGAAGCUCGCCUACGUCAGUGCCGACAACACCGAGGGGAAAAAGGUGAGGAGCAGUUUAUUAAUGAACAAUUAAAGACUGUGUAUUGCUUACUUUCUUUUGAUUUGACAGCUCUCUGGAAGCCUCCUCCACUGUUGCCAUUGAACUAACCCGUGAUUCUUAAGACAAAAUGAUCAUUUAUGACAUCAAGUUGGGCUUUUUGGACCCUAAAUCUAACCUGUGAAGUUUGGAAAGGGACAAAAAAAACUCCCCAGAAAUGAAGAACAGAGGAAGAUGUUUCUGUUUGUGUAGUUUGAUUUUUAUUUUGCAUUUUUUUGACAUCUUUAAAGAGUUUCCGGGGAGGUCAGGGAUGAUCUGGUGGCUCUGACAUCCAAAAUUAUGUUCUGCAUCCAUGUGAUACUGAACCUCCUGCUUCAAAUCUUAAAACUUAAUAAGGAGUGAUGGGUACGGCAGGUCUUUUAGAUGUACUGAAUCACUAGAAUCAGUUCACUAAAAAGAUUUGUUCAAAAGAUUCGAUCACCAAAUCACAGAAUCAUCUAGCGUUUGGAGGGAAAAGCCUCCUACCUCCUAAACUGAUACACAGCUGAACGUUCAAGAUUCAGUUCAGUUCAUAGCUUCUGGGACCAGGAGAUGAGAGUGUUUGGCUGCUCAACUGGCAAUGCUGUUUCUCACUUUAGCUCAAGUGAAGUAAGGAAACUAACGAAUCACUUAAUAAUAAUAAUAAUAAUUAUUCAUUUUAUUUGUACUUGAGGAAGUGAUUCGGUUGAGUACAUUCACUCAAAAGAUUCGGUUCUUUUGAACAAAUCGUCCGUGAACGACACACCACUAUUGAUUAGUUACCAUGUUAAUUCUCAUCAAAUUAGGGUGUUUUAACUUGUGAUAUUAACAUAUAUUUUAAGAAAAAAUAGAAAUGUGGUUGAUUGUUGUUUAAAACUGCUUUGAAACAUUAAAAUCUUUUCAUUUGUAUCUAUCUCUAGUCAGGCUGGAUGCAGAAAAGUGCCUCAAAUAAUUGGAGAUUCGUCUGAAAGGAGUAAAAUGACCAAUAAGUAACAAAAAAAAAUCAAAGCGUAUACACAGGAACAUAUUCAGUAGAUCUGACGCCGUGCUCUUUUCUUCUCUUUAUAAUUACAUUUUCUGAGCUCCUCGUCUAGACGCUCUUCCUCUGUCUGCCUUUAUGUCCUACAUCGCUCUCCGUCGCCCGGUUGCCAUGGCUACACAUUAUUGUUCUGCUUCCAGGUGGGGUUAAAAGCUCCCAUCACCAUCAUCUCUGUCUGUCUCAUCGUACAGAGAAACGGCGAGCUGCAGUCCACACACACACACACACACACACACACACACACACACACACACACAAGCUCACACUAUAGAGACUCAAGUGUCUGUUUGUUUGUGUAUUCUUCUGAGGACCUGUGAGGUGAUUUGCUGUCUUAGGAUGCAGACUGUUGCAUGGAUGUACAGACGUUGAAAGAUUUUUUUAAUAUAAUAGUAUUUAUUCGCGUCUUUUUAAAACAUGACUCACAGGAUUUCAUGUUCAGUCCGUCCCUGACGUCUUCACCUGCUUUUAAAGGGUUCACAUCCUUCAGUCUGCAGGGAGAUACAAGGUCUCCACAUGCCAGCGUUCAUAUCACUCACGAACCAAUUAGAGCACAGGAGUGGUUGCCAUGGUUACACUGGGAGUGUGCAGAGGUGAUGGUAAAUGCCCUGAAACUGGCUGAUGCAAAGACCUCAAACACACAAAGUCGCGGUUUCCUGGUUUGAAGCGAAAAUUCAGUUUCAGUCGGCGAGUCUGUUUCCAGUCCUGAUUUUUUUCAUCUUUCUCAUGAAAAAACAUCGACAGACAGAUCUUUAAAUGCACAACUUGGUCUGUCUGAAUGUCUUAAAUGUCCUUUAGUCCAGGCUAAUAUUUUAGUCAGUCAUAUUUAUUCUGCUGCAUGAAUGUGACUGCAUGAGAGAGAGAGAAUCUGAUCACACAAUAAGGCAGACGACGUGGCCAAAGGAGAAUGAAACGAGAGUUGAAUCAAGUCUGAUCUCUUGCUUCAUGUCGCCUCUAAAAAUGGCUCAAAAUAAACUGCUGAUUGUGAGAAAAAGAAAUGGAAGUUGGAAGCCACAUGUUGUUUCUUUCCCAAGAAGGGUGUUCACUUCCUUCCUGAGCCCAUAUUGUUCUCAAUGCUGCCUACAGAAACAGACGUUUUGCAGGAGAGAUAGAGGAAAGAGAUGGAGCCAAGGGUGCUCCUGUGGGGUGUAAAAUAUUGUGAAAUAAUAUUAAUAUAAUGUUUAUUGUGUGGGGAAAUGUUAUAUUCCUAUUAUUUACGUUAUGACGAAUAAGAAUCUGGAGGAAAACUCUGUCCUAAAGGGACGAGGACUAAAACCAACAAACUUAAAACUGUCAGGUAGUCAGAUUAAUCCAAAUUCGAUGGACGUCAAAUCUUUCACAGAGAAAAGAAAAGCAUAGAUAAACAUGAUCCAGAAACACUGGAGACUUUUCUGGACCCGAGUCUGUCAAAGAUGGACCGAGUGGAAGUGGAAAGCUGUCCUGGAUCAAGAUUUGACUUUCUUUUUGGAAAUAAUGGAAACUGCAUCCUCUAGGGCUGGGCGAUAAACGGAAAAUUUACUGAUACCGAAAUUUACGACAAUUACAGACGUUAUUUUUCCCAUAUCUGUAUAUUCGAUGUAGGACUGGCGAUUAUAUGAUCGUGAUCGAUGAUUUCGUUCACGGUGAUCAGCUGAGAGCAUAUUUACUCGAUCAAACAUAACGGUCACAACAGCCAAUCAGAGUCGAGCUUCUCCUGCUCACUUCUGUAUGUUGCCAAAGAAGUAAACAGGAGAAGUUAACAGAAUGACCGAACAUGGAGCUAAAUGCGAAGCUGACGGCAGCAAAAUAGAUGUCAGCCGUAACUGAAAAUGCUGAACUAAUCUCUAGUUUCUUUAGUUUUUAGUACAGAUACUUUAAAACUGUCAGUUUAAAAAAAUCGACUGAAGUAGACGAAGUUAAUGUGGGAGGGGGUGAGCAGCUUGUGGAGUAGUUAUCGUCCAUUUAUCGUUAUCGAGGUGAACUGAUCAAUAUAUCGUGAUAUUGAUUUGAGGCCAUAUCGCUCAGUCCUAGAAUCCCCUAUUUUAUCACAGUAGUACACGGGUAACAUGCACUCUUUCCUGUAUGUUCUUCAGGUCUAUUAAAAAUUGAUUCUUUUGCAACUUAAAAUAAAACGUUACAUUUUGUAACCCAACAAAGCUGAUUCCUUUGAACGGUGAAAACUGUGAUAACUAAACGCCGCAGUCUGUGUUGAACAAAUACACCUGAGAUACAGCUCCAUACCUGCAUGUACCACCUGCUGUUGUCAUAGUAACAAUCAAUAAAGUUCUUUGUUGUAGCUAACACGGUGCAGCCUUCUUGUUUCCUCUGACAUUUAAUCUGAUGUGACAGGGAGCCUCCAGAGUCCGGGUCCCUGCACACCUGAACUGAGACUGACCCGGACUGUGGAGCUGAUUAAGUGUGUCUGCUGUUUCCAGGUGGAGGUGGAGGUUUACAGGAGAGACUCUAAGAAGCUGCCCGGCCUCGGAGACCCAGACAUCGACUGGGAGGAGAGCGUCUACCUGAACCUAAUCCUGCAGAAAGUGAGCAAGACACUCCUUAUCCUGAUGAAUAACCUUUUUACUGAAAGCAGCUGGUUUUACGAGGCUCCCUCUUCUCUUUGAGGGCUGUAUCCUCGCAGCAAAGAAAGAAACACGACUGUGAGGAUAAUAGAGUCGAAAAACCUGAACCUUUUCACUUUUGAAAUUAAGUCUAAAAAAACUAGACGUCUAUUGCUCAGUGGGUAAUGGUGGCUUAAAUCCAUACUGCUUACAUUGCAAUCUAAACAUGCAUGUCAAAGAUCAAACUGUUAGGAGGUCACCAUGCAGUUUGCAAUCUAAUUGCAUGAAUCACCAGUGUAAGAUCAGAGGUUACCAAACUGGUCCGCUUAGAGGAAAUGCACCUUUUUUUUUUUUCUUGGUAAAAAGGAACCGAAGAUAAUGACCACAAAAACAUCAAACCUUUAAAAUAUGAGACAAUAAUCUUGUAAUUUCUGUGUUCAUGCGCCACAAUAACCUGAAAACACCUCCUUAUUCUCCAGCUGGAUUACGUCGUGACUUGUGCCGUCUGCACGCGCUCAGAUGCAGGAGACAUCCACAUCCACAAGAAGAAAUGUCAGGUAACAAAGAAAAACACACUUCACACACUCUGUCGUUACAGCAGAGCCGCCUCUCUGUUCAACUCAAUCUAAAACUCAUUAGUCACAGCCGAGUUCGUGAAGCUGUUGGUCUUUAUUCGCUCAGGAAGUGUUCGCGUCUCCGAGCAAACACGCCAUGGACAGCAAAGGAGAGGAGUCCAAGAUGAGCUACCCCAACAUCUUCUUCAUGAUCGACAACUUCGAGGAGGUAACUGCAGCAAAAAUACUUCACAGAGAUCCAGACCGUACCUCUGGUUAUAUAUCGAACUUAAAGCACCACAAAUAAAACACUUCAGCACUUAUAAACGACACAUACACAUCAUUUGGAAAUAGAUGUACACGUUGCAAAAGCUCUGAACCCAUCAUCUCAGAGUCUCAACAGUCUUGACCUGAUGAGACGUGGGCUGAUACUGCGGUAUCUGGCACCGAGACGUUAGCAGCAGAUCCUUCAAGUCCUGGGCGGUGUGAGGUGGGGCCUCCAGGAAUCACCAGUGGAGCAUUUGGCCACAUUAAAAACAGUUCAGCUGAAAUUUCCUGGGAGUCUUCCUCCAAGAAAUUUUAAGCAGCUAUUGUGAAAUUCCUCGCUCCCUGGUGAAUAUUAAUGCAAUAUUUAGUGGAAGAAAUUUAAUCCUGUUGGGGAAAAAACAGAGUUAUUGAUGAAACAAAACUGAUUCUGUUGAAACAUUGUGUUAAGAGCAUCCACUGAGCUCUUUGUUUCUACGCAAGUAUGGAAAGUAUGGAAGUGAUUUGAUCAAUUUCCAGGUCCUAAAAUAUUUAGGUUUCCUGACUAUUAUCGCAGAAAAAAAAUACUUUUUUUCUAAAAUAGAUAAGUAGGUAUUUCCAAAAAUAAUUCUAAAAAGUAGGGUUUAGAAAAGUAUGGAAACUCCAACCGUGUAGGAACCCUACUAUAAUGGUAUUCAACAGGAAUUUUACCCACUUUCUUUUUCUGAAAAUGCAUCCAGAGGGUAAGUUUUCUUAAAAUGAAAAUGUAUAAUUAUCAAGAAAGGCAUUUAGAGGGCAAUUUUCUCAGGUUUUGUUUGGUGAAAAUGCGCACUGACGGCUUUUUUUUUCCUUCUUUUUGUGCUGGAAAAGCAUCUUGAAUUGUAUUUUUUUGUGUUUCAUAAAAUGAAAGAGCAUCCAGAGGACAUUUUUCAUGCUUAAUCCAAAAGGUGGACUGCUACUUCAACAGUUAUUCAUGGGUUUUUCUGUAGAAGAGUAUCCUGAUGUGAAUUAUUAACUUCAGGAGCCUUCAUCCAACAGGGCUUCGUUUUCAGACAUGGUCGCUUUCACCGUGAUAUUGUUAUAUUAUCAAAUGCCAUCAAUUACUAAUAGCUAUUGGCUGAUAUUAAAAGCUUUUUUGUAUUUACACCACAAAAAAAUAUGCUUCUUUAACGGAAUCCUGCCUACCCCACCUUUAAAUAGGAUACAAGAUGAAGUUUACAGCUACCCAGCAGUUAAACAUGCACUUAAAUUUAGCUUAAUGUGCAACUGUUUAUGUUGGGAUUAAAACAUGCUAAACCUACUCAUAUUUAUCAUUCUGGUGUGCCUCAGGGCUCCAUACUGGGUCCUCUACACUUUGUGAAAUUGCAUCAAUUUUCUCUCCAGACCUUUUACUUUAACUGUUUAUUUAAACACACUGAUGCUGCUGUUUUCAAAUGAGAAUACCUUUUUUUUUUCAGUGUUCACUUUUUUUUCAACGUUUCAAACUCCACAAACAAUGAAGCUCAGUUGAAGAGAAGAAACAGAGAAAAAAAAGAGUCCAGGGGUAGAAUAAUAAGAUGUGAUAUUUGAGCAGGUGAUAAAAUGUAAGUCUGUGGACUGAAGUGGUUUUCCUGUUCGUAAUGAAGCUGUUCAGACUCCACAGCAGCUGACAGCGUUUUCCCCCCCGGUAGGUGAGCACGUCGAGUCAAUGCGGGUUGGUGUAAUGAAGUGUGACUCGCUGUCUUUUCUUUCCAUUUAAAAACAAGCUUCUGCUCUAACACCUCGGUUUAUUGGGGUUUCUGCUGGGGGGAAAAACACCAGAUAGAGGAGAUUUCUCUUCUGGGAGGAAAUCAAUGAGCAGGUAUUUGGUGCUCAGAAGCGAGGAGAAAAAAAAAACAGCUUACUGUGCUCUCAGCCAAACAAGUCGAUGCCAGCUGAAGGAGCCAACAGGCAUCCUGUGUGUGUGUGUGUGUGUGUUUCAGUGUCUGAAGCCAAAGGUUCCUCUGAGACAUGAAAAGAUGAGGGAAGUUUGCCACCGCCGUUCAAAGAGCACUCCAGGGUUUUUGAGUUGGAAUAAUGAAUGCGGACAAUGGCGGACUUUGCAGCGAAAAGUAACACAGUAUGAUUUCCGUAGGUGUUCAGCGACAUGACGGUGGGCGAAGGAGAGAUGGUGUGCGUGGAGCUGGUGGCGAGCGACAAAAGCAACACUUUCCAGGGCGUCAUUUUCCAGGGUUCGAUCCGCUACGAGGCCCUGAAGAAGGUCUACGACAACCGGGUGAGAGACUGCCGAGAGAUGGUGCAAACACUCGCUGAUUAUCACCCGGGUCUCGUCCCAUCACGUGAAUAUUUGUGUGUUUCCGUUGAAGGUGAGUGUUGCGGCGAAGAUGGCUCAGCGGAUGUCUUUCGGCUUCUACAAAUACAACAACAUGGAGUUCGUGAGGAUGAAGGGACCGCAGGGCAAAGGUCACGCAGAGAUGGCCGUCAGCAGGGUGCCAACGGGUGACACUUCCCCCUGUGGGACCGAGGAGGACCAGGUGUCCCCCAUGCAUGAGAGGGUGAGGACAUGAAACACAUUUAAGCUUUUAAUCGUUAAAAAGGUUGAGCUUGUAUAUGUUGUAAAGACUCAACUCCAUAAUUCUGAAGUUGAAGCAGCUUCAGGGUCUGAAAGUAAACGAAGGAGAAGUUUGUUUUUUUUCCGCUUCACUUCCUCCAGCAGAGAAGCAGAACAGAGAAAACCCUCGUCUCAGCAGCAGAAAGCUUCAAUGAGCGCCACACAAAGACAUGAAAUCAGGUCAUGAUCAAUAAUAAAUGCAGCUGGACGGAUUCAUGAAUCAUUGAUCUGUCAGACCUCCAGAUGUGUCUCACAGACGCCGGAUGGACUCGCUCAGGUCACCAUCAAAUGACGCUUGAGUUUAUUUUUCCGCAGCAACAAACAAAAACCUCCAGAUUCAUAGAAAACGGAGAAAAGGCUGACGUAGAUUUAAUCUGUCUCUGUGAGCGACAGAAAAACAGGAUUAUUAUAUAAGACCGGAGCUGAAAAGGUCCAAAACUGUGGAUUGAAACCGGAGGAAAUAAGUCUCUUAUUCUUCAUUAACUUGUAAUCUUUACAGAGACGUCUGGAUUUAAGUCUGAGAUGUGUUCAGGUUACUGUUUGUAGUCAGAGGAGUGUUGACCAAUCAGGGUGCGGGUUAGAAAAACAGAAAAACAGUCUGUAUGGAGAGCAAAAGCAGGAGGGACAGAAUCCACUUUAAUGACCUUCCAGCUCCUGUUCUCAUUUUAAAACUGUUUUCUUCGACGGACCUGACAAAGCUUGACUUCGGACCUCCUAUUUUAUAAAAGAAUAUGAUUAUUUCACAAAAAAAUAAAUAAUUUGUGAGACUUAAAAGAUUGAUAAAAAAUACACAAAUUAUUUUACAGGUAUUUUUAAAAUCUUUUUGAUUUCUGUGAACUUAUUUUGCAUUUCAUAAAAAAUGUUGUGUUUUUCAUCAAACACUUAAUGAUUUUACAAAGAUUUUAUUUUAAAAAUUUAAUAAUACAUUUUUGCUUUGUAGAAAUUUGUUUGUCUAAAAAGUUUUUUUUAUGUUUUUGCUCGGCAUGGAUUACUAAAAAUUCUAAAAUAUUUAGGUUUUUUUGAAAAUUUUGUGUUUUAUUUUUACAUUUUGUGAAUUAUUUUGUGUUUUCAUUCAGUGGGGCGUCUUUGUUUAAUGUCGCUGCAUUUUUACGGUCCAGGUCUGGUAGAAAAAGUCAAAAUUAUGUAUGUUUUUCAAAGUUUAUUUACAUUAAAAUAUACCGUAUUUUUCGCACUAUAAGGCGCACCUGAUAAUAAGGCGCACCAUCGCUGAACGCGUCUAUUCACGUCUAUUUUUAAGACAAAAAAAAGGAUUUUAGGUGCGCCUUAUAGUGUGAAAAAUACGGUAAUGAAACCUUUAAUUUUUUUUUUUAACUGAAAUUAAGAAACUUCCUCAUGUACGGACGCAUGAGUGUCUGUGGACAGUGAAGGCAUUAGAUAGUCACUUUAUUAUUAUUAUUACUAUUUUGUUAUUUAUUUAUUAUCUAGCCUUUAUUUCACCAGGUUGGUCCCACUGAGAUUACAAAUCUCUUUUUACCCUGGCCAAGAGGGCAGCAGCAUGGUUCCUCUGUAUGUUCCCCAGUAUGUCCUAAUCACAGACAUUGAACCCUCCCUCUGGUUGUGUUCCUGCAGGACUCCUGCAGACGUCCUCUCUCUGCUAGCUUAAAGCUUUCUUACAUGAUUCAUGAUUUCAUGAUGCACGGUUUUCACUGGACAGAGAGGGGGUGGAGGAAAGUGAGUAACUGAAGUUAGAGAGCAGUGAAGUUCAGAUAUUAGACUCACAGAUGUAGAAGAGUAGAAGUAGAAAGUAGCAGGAAGUGAAAGUAAGCGUGUGUAAUUUCUUCUACCACUGUCUUCUCGUGUUUAGUGUGUUUUUUACGUGUCUGUCAGUUUCCUAAUUUCCCGCCUGUCCUCAGGUGACGUCGUUCAGCACUCCUCCGACUCCUGAGAGGAACCGUCCGUCCUUCUUCUCCCCGUCUCUCAGACGUAAAGUGCCCCGAAACCGAAUCGCAGAGAUGAAGAAGUCUCACUCGGCCAACGACAGCGAGGAGUUCUUCAGGGAGGAGGACGACGAAGGUGAAUCUCAAACAAAUUAAACCCACAAAAUCAGAUAAACUGACAUUUUUCUGGACCUUAAUGAUUAUUGAUUUAUCAGUAAAAACAACAGUGCUAAUAAUCUGUGAUAAAGUGACGCCGGUUCUGAUGGUAUGUCUGUCUCUCUGCUGCAGAUCUUCACACGGCCACCAACCUGCGCUCUCGCUCUCUGUCUGGGACCGGGCGCUCUCUGGUCGGCUCCUGGCUCAAACUGAACCGGACUGAAGACUACUUCCUGCUCUACUCCCACCUGACCUACGUCACGCUGCCACUGCACCGCAUCACUGCAGGUCAGAGGUCACAGACUGUUAUUAAGAGCUUCAUUUAAACAUCAAUUUAUUAUUUUUAGAUUCAGAAAGUUAAUCAGUGAGUUAGUUACUCAGUUGGAUGUUAAUCUGCUUUUAACUUUGUUAUUUCCUCAAGUCAGUCUGAUAACUGUCUGUCUGUUUGGUUUCAUCUUUUGAAGUUAAUGAAUCAAUUAGUUAGUUUGUCGCUAAUUCUAUUAUUUAGUGUCAUUUUAAUCACGCAGUAUGUGUGCUUUACCUUUUAGCUUUUCAAUUACAAAGUUAAUCAGGACUUUUUUCUUGUUAAUCAGAUAAGAAGUUGGUUGAUUUAGUCACUAAUCUUGACUUUGAAUUGUUUUUUAAGCUAGUCAAUUCAGGGUUUUAAAGGUUUUAAAACAUCUAAAAUCCUAAUAUUGGAAUUUAAGGCCUUAAAAUGUCUAAAACUCUUAAAAUCUCAAAAAAUGUGUUAAAUAAGAUUUUGAAAGGUCUUAAAAAUUGAUUAAGUUAACGCUACUUUACAAAUGAAUAAUGUGCCAUAGAAAUUAAUAUUGAUUUGCUAUUAUGGCUGUAAAAUGGGUCUUAAAUCAUAUUCACUGGGGUCUUAAAAAGGUUUUAAAAACUGUUAAAAUUGACUUGUUGAAUCCUGCUGAGAGCCUGUUAAUUACUCUGUUUUUAACUUCUUUUAGGAAAUUCGUCCAUGACUGUAUUUUUGCUCUUUUAAGAGUUUCAGCUAAUUUUAGUCACUAAUCUUGACUUUUAAUUGUUUUAUAAGUAAUUUAAUUCAGGGUUUUAAAAGUUUCAAAACAUCUAAAAUCCUAAAAUUGGAAUUUUAGGCUUUAAAAUGUAUAACAUUCUCUUAAAAUCUCAUAAAAUGUCGCAAAUAUGAUUUUGAAAGGUCUUAAAAAUUGAUUAAGUUAAUGCUACUUUACAAAUUAAUAAUGUGCUGUAGAAUUUAAGAUUGAUUUGCCAUUAAGAAUAUAAAAAGGGUCUUAAGUGAUCUUAACUACAGUCUUCAAAAGGUUUUUAAAAAUUCUCAAAUUUGACUUGUUGAAACCUGCAGAGAGCCUGUUAAUUAUUCUGUACAUGACUGUGUUUUCGCUCUUUUCAGAGUUUGCGUCUCUCCGUAACUUUUGAAUUAUUCUCGAUCCUGAUUGGUUGUUUAUUUUUCGUCACUCGGUCUUGUUGAUGUUUAUUUUUCCGUGUGCUUCUUUCCUCUCUUGGCGCAGACAUCCUGGAGGUCAGGCAGAAGCCCAUCCUGAUGACAUAG